AUGAGCGAUGAAGAGGAAAUCGAAGAAUUGGUAGAAGAAAUGGUCAGAAAAGUGGAGGAAUUUCGAGAACCGGAGGAAAACUAUCCAGACGAGGAAAAUGUUGGCGAAUGGCCUAAUCAAGUAGGCGGAGCUUCUUUAAAUGUUCUUCGGAAGCGUGAAGCAAAAACCAAAGGAGAACUUGAAGGGGUUUCUGUUGUGGCACUGGAUAUAGAAAUUCCGAAUGAUUUUAUGGUUGAUCCUGAUGGAGCAGAUCUUUUUGCUGAUAAUGUGAUCCGACUGAUCCGCCAAAAUGCCCCACCAACAGGAUCCGGAACGAUAAUGAAGGCCGGUGUUUUGUUCGAAUCUCCAGAGAUCACAGAUGGUGUUGGUCUAUGUUUCAAGGAAAUGUCGAAGAUUACUACGGAAGAUAUCGUCAACAACUUGGACAAUAUGUCACAGUCGAACAGAUCUCCCCUCGAGCUCGACGUACCACGACUGUUGAUGCAGAUCACAUACCUCCAUCCACCAAAAGGAAGCGGGGUGAAGAGGUAUCGUCUGGAGAAUCUGCUGAACACCAUCGCUUUGGAGAAGAGAAAAAGAAGACGUCUUGAGGCGGAUGAGGAGGACUUUGAGGCUCUCCACAACAACGAGGAGGUGGUGGCUGAAAGAGAGGGUCACGACUUCAUCGAUAUUGAAUGUGACGAAGGAUCAGAUGAAGAGUCGGAGGACGAUGAGGCUGUGGCGCAGAGACCUGACAAAUCAGGUGUUGUCAUGAGGAAUAAUGUGUCUGACGAUUGUCUCCCUCAUGCGCUCUACCAGGCUCUAAUGUAUCACGAAUACAAAACUUCAAGACCGAGAAGAACCGUGUCAAAUAUGUAG